AUGUUCGAAUCUUGGUACGAUCGGCACGACGAGAAGACAAAGUUCUGGCUUGAGUUUCAAGUUGUCAGCGACGGGUUUGAGGAGGCAGGAACACUCCAGCCUGCUACGGGUCUCAAUGACAGCACGUUCAGCUAUUUUGGGGCACUCCCUGCUGAGCUUCGGCUGAGCAUCUGGGAAACUCUCGUCCAGCCGCGUAUCGUGCUCGCAGCGUGCUUCGACUCCCGGUUCAAAGAUCAGAAGCGCGCCCAGCUUGAACAGCGGCCCCGAAAACGGCCCGUACCAGUGCUUCUGCAUGUCUGCAACGAGUCCCGAGCGCUUGCGUUGCGCCAUUACGAGCUUGCCUUCGCUUGGAAGAUCCCCCAUCGACUUGCAUCCCCGGAGGCUGGUGCACUGCCAGCCCGUGCCGAGGCUCGUGUCUGGUUCAACUUCCGCCUCGAUGCACUAUUGCUGCUGGGUGAGCUGGAGCCUUUCGACCAAUACGGGUUCAACUCGCCCAUGGUUUACUUCCUUCGAAAGGACGACACGAGCCGUGUACGUCACAUCGCCUGCGCCUUUGAAGAGAUGCAUCUAGGCAUCUACGAGUCGGAACAGAUAUUUGGUUCGCUCUUCCACAUCGUCGACAGGUUUCCCGCCGCCAAGCGGCUUUUGAUCACAAGCACGCCCCGGGACUUGGAGGUUCGCAGCCUUGUGCUCCCGUCGGCGGACAAUGUCAUUCAAAAACUGUGGUGGGCCUGGAUCAACGGUACUUCUAUCGCAUCGUCGCUAGCAAAUACUCAGAUUUUGAUGAUCAGGGAAGAUGAUCUAGCGUCAUUCAUCGCCGAGCACAGCUAG